UUUUAUCACACCACGGAACUCCAAAAUAUUACGAUGAUACAUCAUUGUUUUUAAAAUAGUUCUUUGCAGAAAAUCAUUUUAUAUUUGUAAUGAUAUGAGUUGGGAGAUUUUAGAGUUUAUCUAUCUAUCUAUUCAAGCAAGACCUGUUCUUUGCGGCCUAACUGAACUGAAAUGAUAUAAUUUUUCUUUCUUUAUGAGCCAAGCUACCCGGUAAAUGUGUUUGACAAUAGAACUAUCUUGGACCAAAUUGUGGUACUUAAUUCUUUAAAAUGACAUCUGAAGCGUUAGUUUUAGCAUGUUUCAAUCGUGGUUUUUCUCAAGUUGUUUCACAAAGUUCUUCCGGUAUCAUUGCCUAUGGUUGUCGUAAUGAUAUCUAUUUCAUUGAUGCGCGUUGUCAUCCUCCUAUAGUUUUGAAAUGCAUUCAGAAAGCUUAUAAAGAAAAAAUAACUGCUCUAACAUUUUGUAAAUGUAAAAAUCCUGAACUUAUUGCGUCAACUAGUGACUGUGGUGUUGUGAAAAUUUGGGACAUUAACACUAGAGCUCUUGUGAAUAAAUACGUCGUGACUGAAGGUAUUUAUAAUAUUGAAUGGAUUUAUGGAAGUCCCAAUACCUUGGUUUUUCCACAAGACUUGAAAUAUCUCCUUAAAUGGAAUAUUGUCACAAAUAAUGUAACAAAAAUAAGACUUGGUUCUGAUUUAAAAGUUUGCUUCAUUUCUUCUAAUGAAAAAUGCCCAAAUCUAUUAGCAGUUGGGCACAAUAAUGGUACAAUAACUGUGUUGGAUAUUGUGCAGGAAAAAAUAUUGCAGAAAUUUAAAGAUCAUAUCAGAGAGAUUAGUAUCUUGACAUGGAAUCCUGUUUUACCUGAUAAUUUACUUUCAGUGUCCUUAGACUAUUCUGUGCGCUCAUGGAGAAUAGGUGAAGACAAAUCAACUAAAUUAUUUUGGCUUGGAAGAGUUAAACCAGAAGAUAAAAGGAGAAUAAGAGUCUUAGGAAUAUGGCAUCCCCAAGAAGCAGAUGUUAUAAUCUGUUCAAAUUCUUAUGGCGAAGUGGGUGAAGUUAGACUUUCUGAUGAAAAGCCUCAAUUUAAGCCAUAUUCUAAAAUGGCUGCUGAAGUUAGUUGUAAAUUCUUGAUUGCACUUUUCUCAGGUACUCUGAAAGUGGCAGAGUGCACAGCAGAUAUUUUGUAUUGCUUUGAUAAUUAUAUGUUCUCAAUAUGGAAUAUUACUGAAAAGAAAUUAGUAUCAUUUCUACCUUUUUCUAUGGGAUUUAUAUUUGAUCUUUCAUUUUCUCCUACAAAUCCAAUUUAUAUGUCUAUUAGUAAUGGUGAUGGUAUGAUGCGAAUUUGGAAUACACAAGCUGAUUCGCAAAUAUCUAGAAUAAUUUCUGUUUUUGUGCAAGCAAAAGCCAAAAUCAUGACUGCAGCAUGGCAUCCAACUCUGGAAAACAUAAUAGCAUUUGCAACAGAUGAUGGAAAAUUAGGAAUUAUCGAUAUAAUUAAGAAGAGAUCACAGUAUUCAUUUGAGACGAUUCACAAAAGUCGAGUGUACAGUGUUUGCUGGGGACCUUAUAAAGCUUCAUUGAUUGAAGAUGCAGGAAGUGCUGAAUUCUUUCUGUACAGCAGUGGAGGGGGAGAUAUAUUUAUCAACAGAUAUAAAAAAUUAAAUAAGCAGACUUUAAAUUUCUAUGAGGUAGCUACCCGACCUGAUGACAUUCAGACAAAUGAAGAUACUUGCACUGAAAUUAUUUGGAAAUCUGAUUAUUCUUGUGUGUGUGUAGGAACAUUGAAAGGAUUUAUUGAAGUGUACAAUGACAAAUUAGUCCUCUUAACUCUUUGCAAUUUGGAAAUAAAGUUCGUAGAAAGUUUGAAAUGGCAUCCUGAAAAUACUUAUAUGUCUCCUACUGGUUCGCCAUUAAAAUUUUGGCUUGCUUGUGGUGGAAAUGAUAACUGUAUUUAUAUUUUGGACACUUCAAAAAUAUUUGAGGAAAAGAAUGAAGACUUUACUAAUUGGGUAGUAAAAAAGUUAACAGGUCAUAAAAAACGUAUUAAUGCCAUUUGUUGGAGUCCUCAUAAGGAUGGAUAUCUUGUUUCAGUAUCAAAAGAUGGUUCUGCUUUGGUGUGGAAUGCCUGCACUGGGAAUAUUAUUGUUUCUUUUUUGAGUCAUUUUGAUGUUGUGAAUACAGUUCAGUGGAGUAUGUUUGAUGAAGAUAUUAUAUAUAGUGGUGGACAAGAUUGUUUUGUUAGAGUCUGGAGAAUAUCUGAACAAAGCAGUGUGGCUCCUGCUGAUAAAGUUCGCACAAGAACGGCCCUGAGAAAACCAAAUAUGUCAUUAAGGGCAAUAGAGAAAUCGCAGGAUUCAGAAGAAGUUGCUGUCAGAAAUGAAAAUGCUCUAUUUGAGAGUGAAAGUACUUGUAUGGAAACAUCAGAGACAAAUAUGAAUAAAGACAAAUUUGCUGAAAUUAUUGCUACUGAAAAUACAGAUCAAAAUGUAAUACCUGAUGUAAAUGAGAAAGAAACAAAUGCUGGUAGAUUCAGUUGGCAAAGUAAGCAAGAUCAAGCUUUCUGGUUGAGUCCAAAAGCCAGAAAAUCAGUUUCUUUAUUUGGAAACACAUCUACAACAAAAGAAGAGGAUCUGAAAGACUGUAUGAGACUUGCAGAUAUUCUUUGUAAAAGAACACAAGAAUGUGAUGAAAGUUUUGAUCCCUUUAAACCCAAGGAUGAGACUUUGUCUAAUGCUGAUGCCAUGAAGUUUGGUCUUUAUACUGAUCAAAAUACAGCAUUGAAAAUGGCUGAUGUUCAAGCUGAUGAAUGCAAAUCAAAAAAUCAAAUAAAUCGAUUUUGUCAGAUUUCUGUUAUGACAAAUAAGAUGGAAUUCAUUAAGGAGGCUGCUGUCAAUGGAACUUUAUCAAGUUAUUUAGUUUCUUUAGCUCCCUCUGUGUCAUACACAUUUUGGCUUGAAAUGUGUGAAAAAUAUGCAAUGCAGCUUAUACAAGAGCAACAACCUUUUGUUGCAUGCAGUUACUUUUUGAUGUGUAAUAAAGUUUAUGAGGCUAUUGAUGUUCUUUGUGGGAAAGGAAAAGUACUUGAUGCACUUGCUUUGGCUAAAUUGCGCCUUCCAGAAUCAGACCCUAUGAUUUUCAAGCUCCUCAAUUUACUUUGUCAGAAAUGCAGACGUACUUCUGAUUCAUUAGGAGAAGUAAAAUGUUACUUGGCUUUGAAUGAGCCAUUGAUGGCCAUAAAAUCUUUGGGAUCCAUGCCUGAUGCCAAUUGUGUCAAAACUGCUGCAUAUAUUUGUAGAAAAUACAACAUGAAUGAUGAUGCGGAGAAAUAUAAGUUUAUUUUUAUGCAAAGAUGCCUUAUACAAUGUGAUUGGGAAUCAUUCAGUGAAUUUACAAAUCAAGAACCUGAUCUUCAGGUGUACAGUACCUUAUUUGCUGUUCAUGAAGCUUUUUAUAAACAUUUACGUGAUGUAAAAAUGCAGAGUGGAAUUUUCGUAAAAGAAAUCUUCUCCCUGCCAAAAUCUGAUGAGGUUAAAUUUUGGAGUGGAACUACAUGCAUAGGUUCUGAUGAAUCCUUCAUCCAAUUUGUUUGCGAUGUUUUAGCAUCUAAAAAUUUACUUCCUACCACUGAGAAUUCUCUUGAAACCAUGAUUAAAUCACUGGAUAAUUUUUCUUCUAAAUGGGACAUUUCAGUGUCUUCUUCUGAUGCACAUGUGGCAAUUGCUGUUUAUAUUACUAAGUUCAUUCUUUUGGCUGCAGCAGGAGAUUCUGCAGCAGCAACUGCAAAUUUCUUAAAGAUUUUUGAUUCCUCAUGCAAUAUAGUUUUCUUGCCUAGAGUUGUUUUUAUGCUAUUUUUUCCAAUAAAUUUACUGUGGAGUCAAGACACGAAGAAUAUUAUAUGCCAAAGUAAAGUACAUAACCUAGGGAGCAACACAAAUAAGGUUAUAACACAAUACCAACAUAUUCUUCAGUGUGUCAGUGAAAAAAUUAUGAAUAAAUCUCAACCUUUUGAUUUAACCAUAGUUUCCAAAGAAAGUCUUCAAAAUGACUUACAUACAGUAAUUGAAAAAAUUGCAGCUGCAUUAUCUCUAAAGGACUUUAGUGAAUUUAUAUUAACUUAUUUUGUUUCCUAUAUUGUCCAUGAUUUAUCAAGAGUUAUGGAUAAAAAAGUUAUAACAUUAGAAUGCUAUGCUAAAAAAGUGAAUUCUGAUUUAGAAAAUAAUGCCGAUGAAAAUAUUGUUGUUGAUAAAACUGUGGCCGAAAUUCCUUCAGAAUGCAGUUUAAUUUAUGAAACAGAAAUUCAAAAAGAAGAAGAAUCGUGUGAAUUGGAAACUCUUAUAGACAUUACACUUAAAGAAGCAGAUGAAAAAAUUUGGACUUUAACUAAUUUAGGAGCAAGCAUUACUUUAGAAAAUGCAUCUGAAAAUUCAUUUCAAAGAGAAAACAUCCUAGAUUCAUGUUCUAAUGAAAUGUCUUCAAAUGAAGAAAAAAUCUUUGAGAAGGAAUUGUUUCCAAAUGUAGACAAUGAAGAACCCAAGAAUGCUUCAAAAAACAAAUGCUAUGAUGAAAUUUAUUCUAGUGAAAAUAUGUCGAGUGUUGGAAACUGUAUUUCUCAAGUUCAUUCUGAUGAUGAUAAUUCACAUAACCAAUGUUUAGCCAGCAUAGAUUUGUUUUAUCAUGUGAUAUUAUUUCUUAUGUCUAAUAUAUGCAAAGAAGAAUUCACCUUGUUGUAUUACCUGAAAGAACGUUUAGCAUCUUUACAUCUUGCUAAAGCAUCACAUGAGCUCAACAAAUUUUCUAAAGCUAAUUUAAAUAAAUCUAAGCUUUGUUCAGAAAUAAAUAGAGGAAAAGUCAAAGAUUUGACUGAUAAAACUGAUUUACCCUCAUUAGUUCAAAGUCUUAAAUCUGUGGAUGAAGUACAAAGCACUAAAACAAACCAAGUCGAAGUCUCUGUGGAUGGUGAUGAUAAAAAGGAAUAUUGUAAUUCAUUUGCAGAAUUUAAUAAAAUUCCAAACAUUGUUCAAAAUGAUGAUAAAAAUGUGAUUCCAAAUUCUGCUAUGGCAUUUACUAAUGAAAAUAUGCUUACAGCAUUCGUUUCUAAUGAUCAUAAUUAUUCAUCACCUCAAGAAAUUCACGAGUCUGCAAAUAAACUUGAUGCAAAUUCAAGUCAAAUAACAGACGAAAAUUUGCUAAAGGAGUUACCAGAAUUUAUUCAUCUUCUGGAAUUGAAGGCAAAGGGGAUCUCCUAUCCUAGUCCUUUAGAUAUUGUUUCUAAAGUACUUCAAAUCCUAUAUAAUAUGAGGCAGAAAUCUACAUGUAUCUUUAUACAAGAAAAGCUACAUAUGCUUAUUGAUGACAUUGUAGCUUGGGUAGGAACAUUCCAAGUGGCUAAUAUUAAUGUUGUGUGUACCAUUUGCCAGUAAUCAUUUCAUGUAUUUUGUUUAUUUCAUUGAAUAAAAAUAAAAUAAAAGCAUAA